AAUCGCAAUCCUUGCGUAUUACCUGAUAAUGCGAGUAUCAUCCUAUCUCCAGAGCACAGAGAUAAGACCAAUGUCUGAUGGAAAUAAGCACUUGCCAAGAGCGAUAGCAUACGGCGGAGUAUUUUUUUGAGCGACUAAACAUGAUUGUACAAUCACUACUAGGAUCUGAGCACCUAUUAGCUUUGCGUAAUGUUCAGUAGGGUAGCAUCACUAACCUCUUCCCCACUCCUGGGGAGUGCUACCUGUUGUUUGUCCACACUUAUUUCUAAUCCGUUCUCCCUCCUCGUUACUGAACUUUUCCGCAUCGUCAAAGGAGUUGAUCAGAAACAACAAUGGAGAAAACACCGGCAACUGCUGACUCUUUGCCUGAUCCAGUGCGUGUCCUGAGCACUUAUAUCAAACCGCAGUAUCGGCCUCCGCACGAUCCAACCAUCACUUUCGAGGAAUAUCACCACUAUGCGCUGAAAACCCGGGACAAGGAACUCGCUCUUGAGUCACCCAAACUCAAUUGGCGCGAAUGGGUAUUACGAAAAAAACAUCAUCAUAAUACUGAUGUGCUUAGCGGCGGUGUAAUUGCUCCAACCAAUUCGGCCCCGGUUGCAAAUCCAACCGAGAAGAGUCCCAUCGAUGCAGAGCGAUCUCAUCGAGCAAUUAUCACCGAUGAAGAAUGGGAGAAUGCAAGUCGAGCUUUGAGAACUGCUUCAGCUGGUGCAUGUUUCUACUUGAUUACUACCGAUAUCCUCGGGCCCUAUGGCUCCGGAUUUGCAAUGGGCACAUUGGGCUGGGGUCCUGGUAUCGCUUUUUAUACAAUCUUUGGUUUCAUGGCUGGUUACUCUGGGUAUCUCGUCUACCGCGUCUUUCUCGGAGUUGACAGCUACGAAUUUCCAGCACGCAACUACGGAGAUCUUGCACUUAGAACAUGGGGUAGAACCGUUAGGUACAUUACCAACAUCUGCCAAGCUCUCGGUUUGCUCUUGAUUACAGGUCAAGUCACCAUACAAUUCGGCGAGAACAUUUCACAAGUCUCCAGAUUCAGACUAUGCUAUGCCGUCUGUCCUGUUCUGUUCGUGAUAGCUGGUUUCUUCAUCACGCAGAUCCGAACACUUAGAUCCUACGGCUGGGUAGCAAACUGUGCAGUGUGGUUGAACUUAUUGGUCAUCUUCAUCUCUAUGGGAGUCAUUGCCAACUCACCACCAAACUACAAAAUCUCGGUUUUGGGAUCGGCAGGUAGUGCGGUUGACCCAACCACCAUCCGCCCGGAUGCCGCUGGUAACUACCCCCCGAUCAUUCACUACAACGGCUUGCCGCCAAACUCGCUGGUAGGCUCAAUUAACGGUCUCUUGUCUGGAGUUCUGGCAUACGCUGGUGUCCAGCUAUUCGUUGAGUUUUUGGCAGAGAUGAGACGCCCAACUGAUUUCAUCAAAGCCAUGUGGGGAGCUCAAUUCUUCAUUUAUAGUGUCUAUCUGAUCUAUGGUUGCUUUGUCUAUCAUUAUCAGGGUCAAUACAGUUUCAAUCCUAGUUAUCAAGGCGUCAGCGUCUACGGAUGGCAAACAGUAGGCAAUAUGAUCUCUCUUAUUGCUGCUCUUAUUGCUGGUGGUUUGUACGGCAACAUUGGUAUCAAGGUUUUCUACAACAACAUCUUGCAAGAUUUCUUAAGAGCGCCUCCAUUGAUCACAACUCGCGGCAAGAUCAUCUAUGCGAUAUUGGUGCCUUUAUGGUGGAUCAUCGCUUUUAUCAUUGCAGCUGCCAUUCCCGACUAUUUCGGUUUCGUCGGUGUCAUCUCUGCUUCGAUGCUGUUGAACCUUACCUACACUUUCCCCCCAAUGUUUGCUCUCGGUUACGACAUCCAGAAGAAUUCGAUUCGCUCUGACAUCGGCGAAGGGUUCGACAUUGCCACGGGACAAGUGAACCGCGAAGUAUCGACAGUGCGACGAUGGGUCCGUGGAUAUUUCAGCGGUGGUAUCUUCCAGGUUGGUAUCAAUGUCUGGCAUACCAUAUACUUUUUCGCGUCGUUGGCCAUGUGUGGACUAGGAAUGUAUGCGGCUAUUCAAGGCUUGAUUGAUGCUUUCGAGAACCCGAAUUUGAACUCUUUCUCAUGCAGGUCACCUCUCAACCUGGAUGCCUAAUAAGCUUGAUCAGGGAAUUUCUAUCUGGAAAUACAACAUGUCUGGUGGGAAUAUUGAUGGUUUUGUUACUACGGUUGCGUUUUCAUCUGGUAGAUUUAUGUUAUCCAACGGUAGAGGUAUAUAUAUCAUUUAAACCUUGGAACGAUGGAUGCAUGUAUUUAAUUAAAUAAAAUACAAA